UACUAAAUAGCAGCCAACAGAGAGCAGCUCUCUCUCUCUAUCCUUAUAGCUUGGAGGAUUCUCAUUGGAAGAACCUUGUUGGAUUAUACUUCUUAUCAUCACACAGAAAAGAAUCCAGUCCAGAAUGGAUCUGUGCCAAGCAAUUCUCCUGCUGCACUUCAUCUGUCUGACCUUUUUGGGAUUAGUUGCGGGCAGAAUGGAAUUUAUCCCGGGAGACAGAAAAAAAUGGAGCUCCCUUGGGAUGCACAGGCUAAGAAGGGAUCUGAAGACGGACGUCCAAUCAGCAUCAGCGGCUAAAGCAGCCUCAGAAACGUCAUUUGUCAAAAACGAGGACGUUAAGGAUCCCCUGAGCUCCCACCAGAGCAGCAAUGAUGCCCACAUCCGUGUAAAGAGGUACAGACAUACCUUCCACCACUUACAGUCGGUGAGAGUGGGCUGCAGAUUUGGGACCUGCACGGUGCAGAACUUGGCACACCAGAUCUUCCAGUACACCGACAAAGACAAAGACAGCACAGCACCAGUCAACAAGAUCAGCUCACAGGGGUACGGCCGGAGGAGAAGGUCUCUCCCUGACAAUAAGCUCCAGUUGACAGUCAGAGAUGGUCACAUCAAGCCAAGCUGGGUCAGCACAAACCAGCCUGGUGGAACCCAACCAAGACUUAUGGACAUUGUUUCAGCUGGAAAACCCAACCAAGGCAGGGAAACCUGGAAAAAAGGCAAAAUAUUGGAAGCUUUGCUCAAGACUUAAAAAAGAAGAAGAAGGAAAACCCUCCAAAUGGAGAUGUAGCAACUUCUUCAGAAAGGUCUUCUGCUCAGAGGAGCUCAUAGAAUUCCUGGUGUGAGUCCCGCCGAAGGGAUCGGAAUGCCGUAAAAGUGUUAGAAAUGCAACAAAAGGAUCGGGUUCGAGGUGGUCGAACAACCUGUGGACAUGGCAGUAAAAUAAACAAAAAGGAACAAGGUCUACAUAUGGGAUUUUGCUGUUUUAUUUUGCACUUUAUGGACGGAAGGGACACACACACCGAAAUAACACAAACUGGAUACCGGCUUUAGGGUGGGUGCCAAAUCAUAUGGCCCUGGCUGGGUGCUGCAAUAUCGGGUUAAUCUUGCCUUGGAUCUGCAGAGCGAAGUCUCAACCUCAGUGUGAGGACCAGAAGGUCCCAACAGCUCCCCCUUGUGGUGGCCGGAGAUAUAGCGACAAAAACUUCUUUCUGGCUGCCAGGGGGUGGGGGUGUGUUUGUGCUAUUUGCUCCCCUUUCCCCUAUUCCCUAACUGCCCCUGGACUUGUUACAGAGACUCAUUAAAUGGAUUACUAAGUGCAACCUGGGUGAACUCCCCGCCGCCGGGUCCCAGGGAUCACUUGUCUGAUACUUGAACUUCAAACUCUUAAGUGCAAUCACUGUCUUGCCAAAGACACACACAUAUAUAUAUAUAAAUACACAACUAUAUUUAAUUUCUACUGUUUAUGUUUUGUAUUGUCCUAAAGCCAAGAGUUAUUUUUUUACAUUAUUAUUGUAUAAGGGCAUUGUAUCCUUUAUUUUAUUACGGCGUCGGCUGGAUGAAAGGGUUAAAUGGAUGAGGUUUUUUUUGUUACAUUCUGUUGUGCGAAAAUGUUGUGUAUUGUUUCAUUGUAUCAGCCAAAUGCCUGAAUAUUUGAACAAUUAAAAAGAAAAACAAAAUCCA